AUGAUCUUUAUUGAUACGGUAGUGUCAUUUUACCGCUUUUGAACCUCGUUGACGCCAUUGUUCCAAUGCGCAGUGGUUAUGCGCAGAGGAUUAUUCACCUUUUGAGACAGAAAAUUUAGCGUGAACGCACUGUUUCGUUCGCGAGGUGAAGCGGAGGGUUACGACGUGUACGGACUGAAUAUAUUUGAAACGACAAAUGUGAUUGAAAACCGCAUGCAGACGAGAGACACAUGAAAAAUGGCUGAGAAUUUGGGAAAGCGACCUUCUAAAGGAAUCUUAAAGACAUCCAGUAGUUUUGACAACCAAGAGGCGCCUAGACCAAAUAAGGAAACUAAAUGGGACGAGAUGAACAUUAUAGCCACUCUUCAUCCACCAGAUAAGGAUUAUGGCCACAUGAAAAUUGACGAACCGAAAACGCCAUAUAAUUACGAUGGUGUUGAAAAUAAACAGGAUCAAUUAGACUCGACCACCAUUGCCUCGAAGUUGGCCAAGAGUAAUAAACCGAAAAUAUUUGAAGAAUCGAGCGAUGAAGAGGACGAGGAGACGCCCGAAGAAAGAGAAAAAAGAAAAGCUUUCGAGGCCAAGAGAAAGGGUCACUAUCAGGAAUGGCAGGCUGUUCAAUUAGCGCGAAAGAAGCUUUUAGAAGAGAGCGACGAGGACGAGGACGAAGAUGAGGAUGAAGACGAGAAGGUGGACUUAAACAAUGAGGAUAAUAACGACGACGAGGGAGAAAAUUCAAAGACUCGUGCCAAGUGCGUGCCAUCCUGUGAUAGCGUGCGUGAUUCCGAAUUGAAGUCAGAUUAGUUACUCGAAAUAGCUGAGAAAAACAGAAAUCGUCCAUAGAGGGGGAAAUUUGUAUACUUUUCUUUCUUCUAUUUUUGAUUCGAUCGAUCGGCACGUUUCAGUGACUUUAUUAUCGAGGUCAGUGAAGAUCCGUAUUAGUGCUGUGAAAAGGUAUCGAUGAUACGACUUUGUUCCAUUGAGGGAUGCGAUAUGAUUUCUUAAAGAAGCGUAUGUAUUAUUGAAUUUCUUUUUAAAAUGAUAUUCCAUUAUGUAACGCGUGGCGUUACGAAGCAAUUAUACGGCCUUACGUGCCUAAUCUGCGAGAAAGGUAAUGGGAUGGAUUUAAAUUUUUAGUGAGCUUUCUUGAUCGAUUAUAAAUAUUUGUCAGUGAUCAUUAAUUAUUAAUUUGUAAUGUGAAUAGAUACAUUUUGGAUACAUAUAAAAGGGUAUCAACUUGAACGUUUCAGCUAGAAUCCCUUUUUUUUUUCUUUCAUUAUAAUCAGGCGUUCUAAAAUACCCAGUGGGAUUUUUUGUAUUUUCAUUUCUUUUGUUUCUAUGUAAAUCCAUUCCUCAUGAAGCGGAAAAGGUGCGAGAUGUCGAUUCAAAAAAUAUAUAUUUAUGUGUCAGCCGGUUUUACGUCUAAACAAUACACUUAUUGGUGUAUUUUAAAUUUUCAAAGGAAAGAAACAUAGCGCGCAAUAUGUUCAUACGAUCAUUGCUGUACAUUUUUUCAAAGUAGUUUUUUUUAGAUUACAGAAUACUAAAAGUAUAAAAAGAGAAAACACGUCGAGGUACUCCACAACUUAUACACCUGCUGUUGUAGGCUGUCCAUUAAUAGAUUUAUUAUUGCAUUUUGGAGAAGAUGCAUAGUUUAUGCAUAACAAUGAAGUUCAUUAAUUAAUCACUUACGAUCAAGAUUCAAGUAGAUAAACAUAUUUAUACAUACAUUCAUGCUUCGAUCUUUCGUUUGUUUUUACCUGUAUCAUUCGUUAUUUAAUAUCUGUAUCGUUUCUAGCAAGUCUUAUCUUGAUUAUCACUCGUGUCAGUUAAGUCCUCUUCCUAACAUUGUAGUCGAUCUACCAGUAAAAUAUCUAGAGGACUCGUUUUUAUUGAAAACCAUAAGAAGAUUACCCCUGGAAAACAUAUUUUGCUCUUAGACGAUCCAUAACGUACCGUCUUAUUUAAUUAGUAUAGAUGGGAACGUUUGAUCAUUAGCAUUCAUAAAAGCAUAAUAGGCCUCGCUGAUGUCAUUAAAAUAAAACAAAAUUUUUGACAGUCAUUGUACAAACUCAUGAGAAACUAUAAAAAAAAAUUUUUUAAUUUCUAUAUUCUCGUACAGUGUUUAGAACUAAUUGUGAGCAGUAGAUUUUGAUUAUUUUGAAAUAGCGUAUAAACUUCACAAUUAAAUCGUGCUAUAAAGUCUAUUGACGUUGUUCAUUCAUAUAAAAGUAAUAUAUUAACAGACAGCAAUAAUAAGCGCAACGUAAUACGCUCUCGAACGAUGAAGUCUCUGUGAUUCUUUUUAGUUUAUCAGAAAUCAUUUUCUAUUCAAUAGAAUAUUCUUUAGAUAAACGUUCCUCCACUCCACGCCGUUAAAUCUCAUUGCGUCUCACCUUUGUAUCAGUUUGGUAUAAAAAGUCUAUUUAAUCUUAACUCGCGUAAAUCUCAAUUUCGAGAGGGACGAUAUUCUUUUUCUUUUCGAAAAAUUGAUCCGAGAAACAUGUCACGCGCCUAAUUUUACGUAAUUAAAUGACUAAUUUAAUUAAUCCUACUUUUGUUUAUAAACAAUUUAUAUUCCUCCUUAUGUUUGGUAGAUCUUGUACACGGUCAAAUCAGGAUGUUAGAUAUUAAGACGUUCCUUUCGCGUUGAUAAUAAUUAACGAGGCAUCUACGUACAACAAAUUCGAUAUACUAAGUUUUACGUGAACUUGAUCCCGAUGUUUCCAAGAUUAAUUUGUUUUAUUUAUACGAAUUUCAUGCGAAAAUUGUACAACUGUUUCACAUGGGCCUAUAGUAUUUUUUGAAUCAUAGUAUUCGCAACGAUGGCAGCUACUCUAGAUAUCGCUAUUAAUGGAUACUCAGGAUAUUGUUUUUCUUUGUCAUUACGUUAAGUAUCAAAGAAAUAUCUAAUUUGUUCUUCAUAUUCUUCAAUAGAGGGAAUGUCGACAAAGCCAAUAAUAAUGUUCAGUCUGGAUCAAGAAUAGUCGGUUGUUCGGGAUGUGGUGGUGGAUUUUCGGUAUAUCGCAAGCAGCUGUGAAAGUUAGACCGUAAAUAUACGAAGAAAAGUAAAUCAUCUGGAAAUUGCAAAACAAGAUCCAAAAGAAUCCCUCAAGGAAAUUUUGUAGUUAGUAUGCACAAGAAUAUCUACCCUUCAAUAUAUAAUUGCUUUAUGAUUCAUUUUAUCUCAAUUUCAUUUUGUUAACACUCGCCGCUUUUCACUUGUCACAGAUCAUGUUUAAAAAUCAUAUGUGGAUAAAGCAAGGUUGUAUCCGUAGAGGACUUUUGCUCGAGAUUGACUUGAUUAAUAAAAAUUUUUGAAAAUUUUAGUACAAGAGUAUCGGCAACGAAUAGGUAAAGAUCUAUCUACGUAGACUAAGAUAUCUGUCCAGAUUGAAUAAUGAAGACAUUUUUCUAUUUGUAAUUAUCUAAUUCACGUGGACUAAUCUUCCGUGACACACGAAGUUUUUUUUUCUUCACAAAAAUGUCAGAUCUCAUGUGACACUCGAAAAUAUUCGUAAUUCCGACGGCCUCGAACAGUAAAAUUUCAUUAUAUUGAGCCAAAAAGGUACUGAUAAGACCAGAAUGAUAAGAUUGCUAUUAACAACAAAACGAAGCGUAUGCGUAAAUGCGGGAAACCUAAUGAUUGAAUUUCUUAGUUGAAACUGAAUGAUUGAUUAAGUGGAGAAUGACAAGUAUCGCUUUUCGUAAUUUUGUUUUCGACAUUUCGGAUGCAUUGGAAGGAUAUCGAUAUGCUGUAACUAACGACUAGAAAACAUACUUCGUACGAAUUUCAUGUUCAUAUUAUAUUAAGAGAAAAUGUGCGCUAUGCAUAAAUCAUACGUAGGAUUUUUUCUUUUUUUCUUUUUGAGAAAACCAGCAGAAAGCUGAUGGGAGUCACUUUGGUGGACGAUCAGUAUAUCAAUGAAAUAUCUCUUGGUACCUUGUGAUACUCGGACCAAAUACCCAACUUCUUUUUCACAAAAUUGUAGUGUGAAUCUGAUCGAUCAAUUAUCCUAUAUAUAUAUAUAUAUGUAUAUAGAUACUUCUUGCUAUACCAAUGAUCAGUCAUCUAGAUCAAUCGACGCAAAAAUAAUUGUCGAUAUAUAAAAAACAUUCAAAUUCAGUUUCUUCUCUACAUCCUGUGUUAGUCCUACGACUAAUUAAACUUGAUUAAAAGAGGUUUUUGUGCGAAUUCGAAGAAAUUGUAUCUUUUAUGAAACUUUUGUAUUUUUUCCCUCAAUUUCGAUAAACGUAAGCGAAAUAUAAUGCUUUUGAACGUAGCGUGCAAAACUUAUAUAUAAAAAAAGAAACUACAAAAAGAAUCGCUAUACUCGAAAGAUUGCGGUAAAGUGAAAUAGUAUUAACGAACGUCUUUCGUAUUUCAUAAUAUAGUGCUUACGCAUUAAGAACUUCAUCGGUUUUAAAAAAUUAAUAUUAUUAGACGUGUAUUCUUUGAGACUUUUUUGGAACGUGGUAUAUGCCAAUAACCGUUUACGCUUAGUAGCACGUAUAAAAUAUUUUAUAAAUGUUAAUGGCUAUAGGCGCUUUCAAAUGUUCAAUUAACAAUUUUAAGAUCGACACGUUAAAGAAGAUAAUACUCGUUCCGAAAAAAAAAAGUAAAAUAAAAAUAUUAAGAAUGAAAAAUAAAUUCAGGAACAAGACUAAUUUUAACGUCAGCUAGAAUUUUAGCGUUGUUCGUUAAAAUCAAUGAUUUUGCAGAACGCUGUGUAAUUAGCCCGAUAAUUAGAGUCGCGGUGUUUAAAUGACAAGUCACUCAUAAAAUUGAUGUAAAUCGAUGUAAAGUCGGAUGAAAUAAUAAGAAGAAGAAAAUCAUUAAAUGUUACGGAACGUCCUGAGAGUUUGAUAGAAUUUUUACAAGUGUCACAAACAAAUUCAUUGUGUCAAAUGGAAUGUACAUUGAUUGCGGUGACUCGAAUUACGGGUAAAAUGAGAAAUGAUGCUAACCUAAGAGAAACGGUGUGUUGUCUACUGAAAGAUCGUAGCGAUCGCUCUGAUUAAAAGGAUUCUAGGAAUUUCUAUACAGAAUGCUGAUUAAAGGUUGUUACAGAUAUUUCCCUUUUUUUCGAGCCGUACAACAAUUAUUUAAUAGAUAACUCGACUAGACGGGGCUGCAACACUUGAUAGCCUUUGAUGCGUUCCAAAAAAAAAAAAAAAAAAAAUCCUUAGAACGAUUCCUAAUUAUUGGAAUUGUUGCGGGACUCGUUUGUCACGUGGUUUCUUCCCGAAACGCGAGGAUAUUGGGAGGACAGUGAAGAAAAGCCUUCCAAUAGUGUUACGUAGCUAUUAGUUUUCAAGAUUAUCAUAAUGCGUAAACGUAUACGCUGUCGAGUAUAAAUGUUAACAGAUGAUUAAUAACAAUAAGGAAAAAUGUAUGUAAAUAAGAGCCGUAAACGGUUAUGAGAAUUAUAACACUGUAAUUGCCGAGAUUAUAAAUAAAUAGAGAACUAAUAUUGA